AUGAACCGUUUCCUCAGCAAGAAGGAGAAGCCUGGUGGCCCCGGGGCUCAUAAGCGGGACAAGUCGAGAGACAAAUCCGGGGAAAGAACAGUACCAGCAAAGAGGAAACCCUUCUCCAAAUCUAUGAGCUCAAUCUCGGCAGCCUUUUCCAAUCCCCAUGGCAAGAGCUCGCCAAUCCUUCAAACCACGCAAUCUACCAUAUAUACCUCAAGUGCUAAUUCUCGACCUGGUUUGUUUCUACAGACUGCCGUUUCCAGCGAUGGCCUUCGCUCAAUAUUCAAGACGGAUCCUCAAAAAAAAGCCGACAAGGAGCUGAGUGCCAAGAUCUCCAAGAUUAAAGACCGACUGCAACAGCAUGGAUUUACAGGCAUAGAAGACGAGCAAGUCAACUAUGCGCUCUCAUCUGAACAGGCAAAUGGGGAUGUGGACAAAGCAUUUGGAAUGGUGUUGUUGUUCCAAGAAUCCGUGGAAGGGCAGAUCAAAGUAUACGACCCUAAAAUACAUAUGGUGGGAGCAGUAAAUCGCGAGUAUGUUACAUGCUAUCUGGACUCGCUGCUCUUUGCCAUGUUUGCAAGAUUAGGCAGUUUCGAGCCAAUUUUGCACAACACUUUCGAGGAUGAACCCAGGCGACGACUGGCUACUCUGAUUCGAUUAUGGGUGAACAUGCUGAGAUCUGGCAAGCUGAUCACAACUGAUAUUACCCGCUAUCUUCAAGAAGCAUUGGCAGCAUGUGGUUGGCCAGACGCUGCCAGACUUGAACAACAAGACACCUCGGAAGCUUUCAGUUUCAUUACGGAACAGCUCCUACUACCACUGCUUACCCUGAAAAUGGAUAUUUAUCACACCGGUGCGGAUGAUGACCCUGAUGACCACAAAGUCGUCCACGAGCGGCUACUUGAGGUUGGUAUUCCCGAGCACCAUGAUUCUAAUACUCCCAUAAAAUUUGAGGAUUGUCUCGAAGGCUAUUUCAACAAUAACAUCGAGGUUACACGUAACCUUCAUCGUUCCAACACGAUAUCGUCUGUCCGUUCAGCUCGGUCUCAUUCCACCGGAGCAGGGUCAUCACCACGUCUUGAAACCCGGGAGAUUUCUUGGUCGCAGACUACCGCAUCAUGGUCCGAAACCCCGACGACGGAGUCCCCAAUAACGCCAGUUUCUCCUAGUGGUAGAAAACGUGGUGCUAGUGUUUUCCAACAAAUUGUAAAUAAAGAUGAGGCUGGGGAACCUGUAACCCCGCGGGAAAGGGCUAAUACACCUGGCUCCAUGCGUAAAGCGUCGAAAGCGGUCAUGAUGCCAGCUUGGCAAUUCUACAAUUUAUUACCUUGGAAUACGCAACACUCCGCCAGAACCGACGAAGAUGUUGCUACACACUUCGAGAUGGUGCGCCCGGUCCUGGGCAUCUGUCUGAAGAGAUACUCAAUGACGGAGAACGGCGAGGCAAAGAAGAACAAAACUUUCGUCGAUAUCCCCCUAGACAUUAGACUGCCACAUUUCAUCGAAGAAGACAUGAGACCAGAAAAUGAUCCAAUAAUGGGGAAUUUCAAGCUUUCGCUACAGUCUGUCAUAUGCCAUCAGGGCGAGUCGGUCAACUCGGGACACUAUAUCUCGCUUGUUCGUGGGACGACAGAAGCACCCGACGGCGAUAUUCGAUCAAACCGCAGACUCAGCAACAUUGACCACCCACCUCACUACUCAUCAGAUCGAUGGAUCAAAUUUGACGAUCUCGCAAACCCACGAGUUUCCUAUGUUGAUAUCGAGCAGGCCUUGCGAGAUGAAACCCCAUAUCUUCUUUUCUACCAAGUUCAACCGACAGUAGAAUAUUCUUUACCGCCUUGUGAAGUUGAUCCUCCCUCGUACGUCGAUUCUGGGAUCGGAUUGAAGGUCUACAGCCCAGUCGACAAGACAGAGGAAAGCUAUUUUGAAGGAGCGGCAAACGGGUCAGCAACAAACGACUCCGUACCAAUCGAGAGCACACCACAUGGGCCCGGCCCUUCCAUUCGUUUUUCGAGCGAACUCGAAAGGCCAGAUCCAUCCAGAAGAAGUUUGAAUAUAGAUGAGAGAUCAGAUGAUCGCCGAGGAAGUACCGCAAUGACGGAAAUCAGUAUGGCGAGUACCGCAAGCAGCGCUGCGUUUUCAGGCCCAGUCACUCCGAACGAAGAUUCGACUGCGCAGAGAAUGUCUCGAGCUGCGGCACGGUUCAAAAAGACAGGAACUAAGAGUCGACCUACAAGUGCAUCGGGAGAGGGCAGACUAAGCUUGACACUCCAACGGUUGAACUGGAAAAAUAGCCGGGAACUCUUGACGAAGAACGGAGCGGCGGUCGAAGCGGAACGAGGCGCUGAGAUGUCAGAUCAGCUUGAUGGGUCGAUGGGGUCUUCUCGAAACUCGGUAGCGAUAGAUGAGCAUGCUCUGAAACCAGGCGAGAGAACACCCGAGCGGUCGAAGAGCAAGAUGGGUAGAAAGCGGGACAAGAGUAAAGAGCCGACGGAUUCUUCCGAGAAGCAUCACAGUCACUUGCACAAGACGAAGGGCAAGGGGAACGAGGGUCCCGAAAGGGAAUGUAUUACGAUGUAA